GCUGCGGUCUGUUGGAGCACAUUAGAGGAUUACAGGACCUGAUAUCUAGGGGAUCGACCAGUCUAAACACUAAUCAACCAUCAUCCUCUCUCUCCCUCCUCUCCAGGCAGCGAGGAAGGAAUCUCAGCAGGAACGCCUCGCUCUCUCUCCUGCAGCUGUCUUGUCUUGUUGGAGAAAGUUCUGGACUGACAAAAAUUAACAGGAUGAUAUUUCUCAUCUGGAUCUGGGACUUAAAAAGUUCUUCUCACGAGAUUCUACCAUAUUUCAGCCCUGCAUGAGAAAAAGAUAACCACCACCUCCCAGCUCUCUCAGUGGAAUAUUUCUAACUAUUCAGGUAGCUUUUCCAUUUUUUCUUUCUCUGAGUUUCUAAGUUCUCCUUCCCAGCGCUGGUUUGUAGGAGUACCUCUGGAUGUUUAUUGCCAUAAGAGGUUCUGGAGGAGCAGAGCGAGGGGCUGGCAACUCUGGUGUAGCUGACAGCCAAGCGGCUUGUUUGUGAGGGGGGAAUAAAACAGCACCGCCCCUGCUUGUUUGGUUUACCUUAGUCGGUCCAGCUAACUGUGGGUAGGUAGUGGAACCCAGACCCUUCACUAAUGCCCUCUGUGGGGUGAACUAUGGGGACUCUGCAGGUGAUCGUACACCAGCCUGUCUCCUGGAAGUCUCCAGAACAUCACCAGAUGAAAAACCUCAGCGGCUGUAUCAGAGGACCGGGCCAGAGUGUCGGACUCAGGCCCAGCCCUCGCUAACCCCUCUGUCCCCAUCUCAAGCCCCCCCCACCCCACCCCCCACCCCCUCCCGAUCCACGGUCUCACUGACCAGGAGACCUGACUGUACCCGUGACUCCUUGUUGUGGUUCUGAUCCAAGUGGACCCCCGGGACCCUGACAACUGCGGGCUACUGUCCCAUGUGGUCCCCCCCGGAGGUCAGCUCAGAGAGACACAGUGACGGGUCUGGAUAAGCCGGGCGCACGAGUGUCAAUGCUCCUACUGGUUCUAAGAUGAAGGUAUGGAAGUGUGCUGCCAUUGCCUUGACUCUGUGUGGCGCAGGACUGGCCUUCUUCCUCACUGACUUGGUUCCCACGGCGCCCAGUCACCAGCCUGCCUGGGCCUCCUCCUCGCACGCCUCUUCAUCGUCAUCCUCCUCCUCCUCCCCGCUGGGCGCCACCCGGCAGCGGAAAGCGCGGUCGACAGACGGGAUGAGCUCCAUCCUGACCGAGCUCAUGCACCUGUUCCAGACCUUUACGGAGGGCGAGUUGAGGCAGGUGGUGGGCAGCCUGGUGGACAGGAAGACCCGACGCCAGGCCCGGCACGACGCUCGCCUGGGCAAACGGACUAAACGGGCCAAGAAGGGAGUGAAGCCGUGCUCCCUGCGAGUGGUCAACAUCAUGGUCAGCGAACUGGGGCUGGGCUUCGAGAGCGACGAGACGAUCAGCUUCCAGUUCUGCAGCGGCACCUGCAAGGCGCACCGUCGCAACUACGACCUCAUCCUGAAGAAGUGGAAGAGGAAAGGCAUAUCCCGCCGGGACCGCAGCCCCUGCUGCCGGCCCACCGCCUACGAGACCGACUACGUCCUGGACAACGACAACAGAUACGUGAAGCUCGGCAAUUACUCUGCCCUGGACUGCGGCUGUGUAUGAUUGGUCCGUCUGCUGGGUGCAAGCUGUGUGGAAUUUUGCACAGCUGCGGCCAUUUUCAGGAGUGUAGCAG